CCUACUCAACGUGCAUUCAAAUCAAACCACAAAAACCAAACCAUCCUUAAAAUAAAAGGAUUUUCAAGGCUCAAACACAGCCAAUCCAAGAAGCAGGCAAUUCUACAAGUGGCUCUGCUUCUUCACCUCAGAGAGACACAACCAUCUGAAAACUUAAAAAAAUAAUUGCAGUCUAAAGAAACCCAAAAACCAGUAAAGAAAAUAAUGGCUUGUGCUGCAUUAUCAGCAAACAGCUGCACCAUAGCCUCAUCUUCUAGUGGAAGAUUGAGCUUUUGUACUUACCAAAAGGACACAAAAUUUAGGCAGAAGCAUAGUCUAAUUCGAUUCAGAAUUCGGGCUUCAACUGAUGAAGAUUGCAAUGAUGAAGAAUGUGCUCCAGAUAAGGAGGUUGGGAAGGUGAGCAUGAAUUGGGUAGCUGGGGACAACACCAAAGUGGUCGGGACAUUUCCACCUCGUAAGCCGCGUGGCUGGACAGGGUAUGUUGAGAAGGAUACUGCUGGGCAGACAAAUAUAUACUCUGUUGAGCCUGCAGUUUAUGUAGCAGAAAGUGCUAUCAGCUCUGGGACAUCAGGCACCUCAUCUGAUGGAGCAGAGAACACCGCAGCUAUUGCAGGUGGGUUAGGCUUAAUUGCUGUUGCAGCUGCUUCAUCGAUUCUCCUUCAAGUUGGGAAGAACUCGCCUCCUCCAGGACAAACAAUAGAGUACUCAGGACCAUCCCUUAGCUACUAUAUCAACAAGUUUAAGCCCGCGGAAGUUGUCCAAGCUUCAGUAACUGAGGCACCAACUGCACCAGAAGUUGAAGCUGUCCAAGCUUCAGUAGCAGCACCAGAAACAGAAGUACCAAAUGCACCACAAGUUGAAAGUUCUGCCCCAGAAGCUCCUGCUCCCCAAGUUGAGGUCCAAUCUGAAGCCCCUCAGGACACUUCAAGUUCAAGUUCUAACAUCUCUUAGGACAAAUCAUUUUGUUUUCUUGUAUAUUUUAUUUGUAGAGAUGACCUAGUAUACAUAUUCCAGUAAGUAUUUGUAAUACUAUUAUUCAAAUAGAACUAUUCUACGUGUCAAAUAUCAAUUAUGAGUUCUUAAUUGAGUUAGUUCAAUGAUCAUACCUCUAUAUGAAA